CUAUUAACACACAGAAAAAUGUGGUUGCUCAACGUAUACGUGGCUUCCCUUUGCGUCGUUCUCGCUAAGGGCUCUAUCCAAAACGAUCCGAAAGAUUUUUACGCAAUGAUCAAGGGCGCGUUUCACGAUUCAUCAUUGUGCCGAAAUUCUCCAAUUUGUCAUUAUGUCGGCAUGUUACGAAGCGAUGAAAAGAGUGAGGAAUCUGUCGGUCGCCCCACGUCGAUGUAUCGCAAUAAGGGUGAAACUGAUCUCGAUUCCCGAAGCUAUUACGGUGGUUACGGGGCCCCGGCAUUGUACCCCGCAAUCGAUACGGUAAGUGUAUUAGCGUCUCUGGCGUUCCUUGCUUUUCUGCUGCACUCGUUCGCCUCUUUGUUCGAUCGAUCCAGAUCGAUAAUUCCAUCGGUGGUUAGCAAUCGUCAAUUAUCGGAAGAGCGCGGUAUUCCCGAUUCAGUUAAGCUCGUUCUCCGUGCUUUAGACGAAUACGAUACAUUGAGCAACGGGGCAAUAUUCGAAGGUCUGAAGACCAGCAGCGGUAAAACAACGCUACGUUGAACUUUGUUCAAUCUUCAAAAUCAGAAACCUUAUUUCAUCUGCAUAAAUAUUUUGAUGGUUGUAUUUUUUUUUU